AUGCAGGCGGACCGCGGAGCUCGGGGCGGCCGCGGACGCCGGCCCAGCCAUGACCGGCCCGGCGGGGAUCGCGACCGUGACCGCGAGAGGGCGGGAGCCGCAGCGGCGGUGGCGAGAGGCGGCGGGGACGGAGGCGGACGCCGGGGCCGCGGUCGGGGCUUUCGUGGGGGCCGCGGAGGCCGAGGAGGAGGCGCCCAGCGGGGCGGCCGCCGGGAGCCGGGAGGCCGGGACGCCGGAGCCACAGCGCCGGUUGAAGAUCGCAGUGCUGUAGAGACCUAUGGAGAAGAGAGUGAUGAACAGGGAAAUUAUUCUAAAAGAAAGAUAGUCUCUAACUGGGAUCGAUAUCAAGAUACUGAAAAAGAAGUUGAUAAUGAAAGUGGAGAAUCACAGAGGGGGACAGAUUUCAGUGUUCUUCUCAGCUCUGCAGGGGACUCCUUCUCACAGUUCCGGUUUGCUGAGGAGAAAGACUGGGAUGGUGAAGCUUCAUGUCCAAAGCAGGAUUCAGCAUUUUACGUGGACUGUGAGUCACUGGUUCAAGCCCUUCAAGAACUGCCUCUCUCACUCCGACUCAAUGUUGCUGCUGAACUGGUCCAGACCGCCCUGCCUGUAGAGCUUCCUCAGGUGAAGCCAAAGAGAAGCGAUGAAGGCAAGGGACUAGGCAUGCAGUUACAAGGGCCGCUGGGGCCUGGAGGAAAGGGGUCCGAGCUGAGGUCUGCUGGCUGCCCCAUGUACCCGAGUAAAGACAGCCCAAGACGGGGCCCUGCAGAGGGUUCCCAGAAGCCCGCUUCCCCACCGCACUCAGCGGCAGACCCUUUGGAAGAAGAAUUAGACCUGCUGCUUAAUUUAGAUGCGCCUGUAAAAGUGGGAGAUAACAUCUUACCAGACCAGACACCCCAGGACCUGGAAUCUGAGAAAGAGGAGGCGGCGGCUCAAGAAGAAAAAGUUCUUGCAAAACCACCUGCGACGGAAGAAGAGACCGCGGAAUCUGAGCAACCCAGCACAUCAAAAACCGUUACUGAGGAAGAGCUUGAAGACUGGUUGGACAGCAUGAUUUCCUAACAAGAGAAGAGAAGGAAAAUGGAAAAAAAGUGCCUGAAGCCAAUUUUGGUUGCCUCAUGAGUCAGGAUGCCCUGGAAGAACAGCUGGUUCACAUGCAUGCCCCCAGCCAGCGCGUCCCAUCGGGCUGACCGCAGCCAGCGCCUACCUCUGCCUUUGACCAUAUGCACAGCUGAGUCAUCGGACACCAGAGGGCGGAGCCGUGUGGCGCUUGUUCUCAGCAUAGCCAGUGCCACCCGCAGGACAGCACAGGGCACGCGUUUGGCUAAAAUAAAGAAAUGCUGGU